GCUGUUUGACUGUCGCUUUCUUUGUGCAUGAAUAUCCGGUGAAUGGUGAAGAUAAAAGGGUUAGAAAUGGCGAGCCUGAGACGUUGAAACAUUCAUUAUAGCGAUUUUUAAACAGCCUACACACUGGAAGGGAAGAUGUGGUGUUUUAUUUCGGAGCCGAACGGCAUCAUUCACGAAAUUUUCCUCUCGAAAAAUGCCGUCGGUCAGGAGUGUUUAGACAAGGUGAGGAUUUACACUCAAAAGGCUCUGAGCGAUUGGCAUGAAUAUUCGCAACUCAUCAUACACCUGUAUGCUGGUUGUAUUUUUAGGAAACGGCGUUUCAUUUCGCUAGUUUCGAUUGACGUAAAGGACUUUUAUAAUUUUUCAUCGUUUGCAGGUUUGCGAAAUGUUAAAGCUUGUCGAGAGGGAUUAUUUUGGUUUGAAAUUUGGUGGCGCGAAAGGAGAAAAGUUUUGGUUAAAUUUGAGAAAUUCUAUGUCGUCUCAGCUAACAGGAAAGCCCCCUUAUCGACUGUAUUUCCUAGUAAAAUUCUUCGUGAAACCACAGGAACUUCAGCAAGAAAUAACACGGUAAGCGAGACAGAUGAAUUUUAUCGUUAGUUCUCUGUUAUUGCGUUAUGACAAUUGUACCUGCUAUUGCAACUCCUUAAUAUAAACCUCACUCGAUCAGUAUUUGUCAUUUGUUUAUUUUACUGUACUACCUCUUUCGCUUUCGUUCUUAAUUUCUGUUUUAAACAUAUUUUCAGACACCAGUAUUAUCUGACGUUAAAGAACUUUAUAAAGGAAGGAAGGUUGGAUUUUUCCUCUCUGCAAACGAAGACCAUCGCUCGGCUAUGUGCCCUGCUUGCUCAUAUAGAAUGCGGGGAUUUUACCCAAGAACGAACUCCAAAAUAUUCCUGUUAUAUUCCCUUGUCUGUUUACAAUGUUUAUGCCAAAACCUCAGAUCUUCAAAAGGACGCAGCUAUUGAGCACGCCAAGCUUGUUAACUCUCCCAUAAGCGAAUCGAAAAUCGAGUUCUUGCACAUAUCUGGUGGUAUUCCUGGCUACGGAAUCGAGGUUUUUCAUGGACGCCUGAGCGAUGAUAAAAUGCUAAAAAAGGUUGACAUUUAUGUCGGCAGUGAUGGCAUUCGAGUGUUCAGUGUAAGCCGAGAAUAUGACGGGAAACAAGGCAAAGAUGUGGCAAGGAGAAUUCUUGAAAAAAGGUAAGCCUAAAUUUCUCGCUUGGAUUGAACUAUAGCUAGAAAACUAAGCUGAGCUGAGCUGAGCUUUAAAAACAGAAGUUAUUUAAAGUGAAAAGCUGGCUUACAGUGCGCCCUUUCUUUCAGCGGAAACAUGUUCCAUAUUUUUAAAAAUAUCCUUUAAUUUUAUCACGCGCAAAACGUUUUUUUCUGAACUGAGCGUAGAUAAUUGUCAUUUAUAAUAUCCAGUUUAUCUUAAGUUGAAAUGAUUAAACCUUUUUGUUCGAAUUGCCACUCGCUAAACUUUUAAACCAAAACAGUUUUCUUGGGGAUUAACAAUUUGCAUCUUUAAAUCAUCUGUUUAUACCUUGGCAAUUUUUUACUGACGAAUAUAAAUUUUUUAAAAAGUCCAGCGACUUGUCUUGCGGACUAAAGAAAAGAACUUCAAAACUAUUUUAUUUCGAUUUUUUUAAAAAAGAAAAAACUAUAAUUACUUCAAUGAUGAUCUUUUCUCUUUUUUUGGAAGUGCAUGGAAUUUCGUGAAUCUAAAUGACAGAUUUUUUAAAUCGAAAUACAUAUAAUUGAGUUUUUCAGUCUGUGGUUGAUUUGAGCUACUAUUUGUUUUGCAUUGGCACACAGACGUCUUAUCUGGCGAGACCGCAAACGACUAAUUUUUGGCAAAGUCGCUCUUUUAUUUUCCUCUUUUCAGAAAGUAUCGGUAUAACGAUAAAAAUUCACGGACCUGAUAUCGUGGCGAGUUUACAUUUGAGCGAGCACCAAGCCGAUGGAUCUAGAUUUUUUAUUUUUUUUGGACUUCACCUUUGCAGUUAUCUUUAAUUCGUUUUUAUUCUAUCCCGCCUGCGGGUAUUCUCAAGGUGGAAGUAGUUCAAUUUCGUAGGAAAAUGGUAGAGUGCUCCUCGUAAUGAAAUGAAAAGCAAAGAGAACUGCAGGCUAUCCGAUAUUGAAUACGAAAAUUGCAUAAAAGCAAAUAAGGAAGGCAGAUGUUUACAGUGUACUCUUUCAAUAAACAGGGAAAUAAAAUGCAGGAACAGCAGUUCGCAUAUGAAGUCGCGUUUGUACAUCUAUAGCAAAAAAUUGACUGUAAUUGAAAGAAUGAAAGGAAAGCUUAAUAAAGAACUCGUGCUAUUUCAAUUUUUUUUGGCGACAAAAACCUUUGUUUUAAACUUGAAUGUAUCCGCCCGCUGCACCGCUGAGAUAUAAUCACGUUCCUUUUCUAAGAGACGAGUGUUUUCUCAAGCUCUCCGCUUGUUUGCUUUUGUGAUCGAGAUUCAGUGACAGCCCUGUAAUAUUAGUUGGAGACUCAUAUUCUGUUUCAGUGGUGCCUGUCAAUGCUGCUCGAGUUUCGUUGGCACAAGAUGGCUAUCUGAACAACUGAGAAUCUCUUUUAAACAAGAUACAAAGUUAAGAAUCAACUGAAUCGAGAAAAGAACGCUUUUUUGCCACCACUAUUACUCUUUUAAUUAAGUUCAAUGUGUUAUUUACUCUAGAUGACUUCGUAUAAAUAAAUUGAGUUAUUCAAAAUGCCUCUCACUACUUAAUAAACGUCUUUAGGGCUUUGUCCUUAAGCGAAAUUCGUUGACGUCAGUCAAUCCUGAAUCCGCUAUAAUCAUACUGCAGAGAUUAGCUAGCCGAAUAUCACACGUGUAUUUUUUUAAUCAGAGUAAAAAAUUUUCCUGCGAAAACGUGAGUAAAUGAGUAAUAAGACCGUUCACCGCUGGCCACGCAUUACAGAUUUCCUUUUCAUGAUUAGCACAACUGAUUCAUAGUAUAUUCCGUUUCCGAGCUAAUUUUUGACAUUGUUAUUAUUACAGUCUAGGACUAAUUUUGUCUUCCUGUGUGGAAUGAAUAACCCCUUACGCACUUGACUUUAUUAGACCCUGGGUGCCUGGUUGGUAGCUGGAGGUAUAUCUCGUGUGCUGCGGGUUUCUUAAGCAUCGUCCUUCACUGACAUCUUCGAGCUCUAAGCAGUUGAAAACGCGCGCUGUUGGAACUAAAAUAAUCUGCGCACACCUUCUUUUCAGCCCUUAUAUCCUCUUGGACUAAUUUACCUUUAGUGAAAGCAUCGGCAUUUGAGUGUUACUGGAAAUACCACAAAGGUGGAAUAGACCUUGUCACGGUGUUCGACGCCAUCUUGAAGAGUAGCCAAACGCGUGAGAAAUUACAGUGUUUGUAUGAGAAUCUAAUGUCAAAUAAUUUCCAUACAACGGCUGUUCUGAAAAAAAUAUCAGUUGUAAUCUAAAGCUACAAAGCAAAGGAUUGUCCUAAAAACUUUUGGGGGCGUACCUGUGCUUAAAUUUCUCCGGAGGCUUGCUUUAGAUUUUCCAUACAUUUGUCUGUAAUUUUCCCGGGACUUUCUUACAGACAAAUGUAUAGAAAAUUUUAAAUAAGUGGUUCAUCCAGAAGAUCACGUACAUUGCGGGAGUUUAAAAAAGUCCUCUUAAGAAUCCUCACUUCGAAAUCAAAUGUUUAGUAUAAAAAAAAGUCUUGUCGGCAAGAUGCCUUUAAUAAGGUGUAAUGAUUCUCAUACAAACAUUGUAAUUUCUCACGCGUUUGCCCACUCGUCAAGAUGUCGUCGAAAACCGUGACAAGGUCUAUUGGCUGAGAAACAGAUUUUCUGAUUAAAUCACGAGAUCAGAGUUGGCAAUCAGUCAACCAAGUUGAUACUAAUACUGCUUGGCUUAAAAAAGAUGGAAGACAGAAAUAAAGACAAUACUCAAGCUGAAACGAAAGUUGCAUUUUGUACUUUAAAGUUCAUAUUUGCAUGUAAUCGUCCUUAGAAAAUGUCAAAGGUCAAAGACUAUAGUAUAAAAAGAUGAGGAACAUACUGUGAAUCCUCUAUUAGGACCCCCUCUCAAAUAAGCCCCAUCCCUCUCAUCAGAGAUGUGGAUGGAUUUCUCCAUGUCAAAGAUCAUUAGGAGGGUCCCUUGAACGACAGCAUGUAUUGUGAUUGCAUUUUUUUUCUCAUGUCACUGUUUUGUCCUUUCAGAGUUUCCUUUGAAGAUGUGUCCACCGUUUCGUACAACAACCGCUGUUUCACUGUCGUCCACGGUGGCACCGGGCCGUUAUCCCAGCGAGACACCUAUAAGAUGAAGUCAGAGAGCGAUGCAGUUGCAUUGUUCCGAACGUUUACCGAGUACCACACAUUUUACCAGUGUAACACCGUCAAGCGAUCAGUUAUCGAUCAGUGUACGAGGACAUUCGCUGGCCGGCUGUUUUCCGUGUUCGUGCCUCGUAACGACUUCGGCAGGAUUUUCCUGUUCGAUGUGCAGCGCACUCGGCGUCAAGCAUACAGUCAUGCGUGGGGCGAGCUUAACUCGUGUCGCAUGAUUGACAUGACAUGCUCCACCUCUGGCAGUUUCCGUUGCGCGGGUGCGUCAGCGGAGUACCGCCCUGUACAGUCUCCGCUCACUCAACGGAGGUGCUACAACAUGAAAAGGAAAGACAAACCUGGGACGUUCCGGGGCGAGGGACAGAGAGCCUGCACAGAACGAGAGUGCACGGAGAAUUUGUCUCCAGAAGAGCUGAAGGUUAUGGUACGACACCUUCAGGAUGCACGUAUCUGUCAGAUAUGCAUGGAUAGCGAGGUUGCUACUGCUUUCUGCCCUUGUGGUCACGUGGUUUGUUGUGUGGAUUGUUCAGCCAUGUGUAAGGAAUGCCCGUUAUGCCGAAGUCAGAUUACCUAUGCACAGAGGGUCUUCUUCCCUUGCCAGUGAAAGGAGACUUUGUGAAAGUGCAUGUCCGUUUUAUGUCCAAACCGAGAAGAUCUUCGGAACGUAAUAAAUAUGUCCUAUAUUCACUGUUUAAUAUAGAAUUGCAACAAUAAGUGGAACAGUGGAACAUUGUACUCUAAUGGCAAUAAUAUUAAUGAUGAAGUAAAAUUGUAAUGUUUAAGUUGAAAAAAUUACGCGUAAACACGUUUACGACUUGGAGAUAGCAGGAUUCUCCGUUUCUAGCAACAUCUGUCGCAUUGAAGAGGACCUUCGUUUCAGAAAGACUUCACUGAAAGGCGGAAUUGUUUUAUUUUGAGACAUUGCGAGUCCGCCGAGAGGAUGUAUAAACUAUUUGUAGAGAAAGAGUUUAUAAAAUAUUUCUUUAUUACGUACAAAAAGAACUAAAAGAUUUAGGUUUGUUUGAGGCAUCUUUGAAAUGCAGAAAGAAAAAAUGAUAAAGGUAGUUACAGUGUAUUUUCAAAAUACUUUUGAAAAAAAAAAAUGGUUUACGGUCAAUGGAGCGUGUAAUUUCCUUUCUGGAAAAGAGAAAUUGUUGAGUUUAGCAACCUUUUUACCGGCUGAGAAGCUGGUUUUGAAGUCGACAAUGAUCAGUUCAAAAAACAUGGAUGGAUUUUUUUUAAUAGAGUAGUUUUCUAGCCAAGUAGACGACAAACUAUUCUUUCAGAUAUUUGAGUUAGUACGCAAAGUAUUGCAGUUAUUGUUUUUUUUUUCGCCCUUUGUUGUUAGAUUAUUUGCUGCGUAUUUUUCAUGACGCACAGUUUUUCUUCAUAUUCUUAAAUUAAUAGUCUGAUUUUGCGGGUUGGUUUACGGAAGGGUUUUCAUGUCAGUUCUAAGAAAGUUCCAAAUUAAAGGAGAUUAACAGUUCAUUGUUGCGAUCAGUGAUAUUUAUAGGGUCAAGAUUGAGUUGAGGUUUGUCAUUAAUUGUUGGAACAUUCUCAUUUUCCCGCGAGUCUAAAGAGUAGCCCUUAGCUUAGUAUUGAAAUAAGAACUUAGAUAUUUUAAAACAAUU